UACUUGAAUCAGAUUCUUUUCUUCCUUUAUUUAUUUUUUAUGUUUGUUCUCUCUAAAGAUUUUCUGGGCUUAUUUUCUCUAUUUUUUAUCUCAUUUUUGUCAACUUGUUAAAAAAUCUAAAUCCGGGUCUUCAGUAUUUUGAUUUGCAAAGCAAUUGGAACUUUCAGGUAAGUGAUCCUUAGUCAUGCAUUCCCGGGUUUCAAAUCAUGAGGCUUCAAACAAACAAAUAGGUUGGAAAGGGGAGUUACGGAAAAUUAAAAAGAAAAAGAACAAGAGUGAAGCUAGAGAUCAGCAAAAAGAAUUUGAGAGUUUCACAGCAGAGAAUGGUAAAUUGGAGGACCUCAUCGAAUAUUUAAUUGCUGGUUACCGGCAAGUUCCUGCAACUGAUCUUCAGAAACAAGAAAUUUCUGUUGAUCUAUCAUAUUCUCAUCCAAAUUUUGAUGUCAAGGAUGAAGGACAAGGGAUGAACUCUGACGUUGAAGGAAAUGCUGAAGAGCUGGAUGGUAUAGAACUUGAUGACCUAAAGGAUGAUCUGGUUCCUUCAAAAGUGACAAAUCCAGAGAAUUCUCUGAUUAUCCAACCAAACACCAUUACCGAGUUUCUUCUGAAAAUUGAUGAAGAUGUUGCAAGCAAUGUGGAUUUAUCUGACUUCACGAUUUGCUUCAAUGGGGAGCAAAAAACAAUUGGAAGAUACAGUUUUCCAAUAUCUUUGGUCCCUACUGUGGAAAGAAUCAUGAAUGCUUAUGGUGAUGUCUCGGCUUCGAGUCCAAUGAACACGAAUAUUACUGGGAAAAUUUAUCUGCUUUUCUGUGCAACAAUAAAAGAGAUGGAAGAUCUUGAGCUCCAUCAAGUGACCCAGACAAAGAUGCUGAAAUGGAGGGAUGCUAUUAAGGAUGCUCUCCGCGUCAAGUUCAAGGUGGAGUUUGCAAUGUCCCAUCUGAAGAAAAUUGCUCGAGCUUACUUUGGUGGCAUUGGAGAGCAAGUGUUGCUGACCAUCAACGAGAAGUUGAAUUCCUUGUAUAAGGAACGUGCUAAGGCAUUGGAGGGUUUCAAGGAUUUUCUGGCUAAUGCAAAGGACUUUGAUGGCCAGUCUGUGAGCACUGGUUUAUUCCCUUGACUUGUGCUGCACUUCUAGCUAUUUUAGGUGUAUUGGAUCGUUAGCUUUUGGCCGCCUUUUUUUUUUUUUUUCCUUUUUAAUGAUUUGUGUAAUUAAUGGAUGGGAUUAUACACCUGAGAGGUUAAAGGCUCUCAUCUGGGAGUCCAAUUGGAGGCAUCUCAUUGCAUCGAGAAUGUCGUUUUAUGCCUAAUCCAUUCAUAAAACGACAUUCUCGAUUCGAUUUGGUGCCUCUAGUUAUGUGAGUCUCAAAUGGAGCCAAACUAAAACCUAUUUUUGAAUCCUAACUUAAAAAACUAAAGUUUUUUAGGUUAAGGGAUCAAGAAUACGUUUUGUACCUCAGAUGAAGUACUCUUGUAUUGUAUGUUUGGUAUUUGCUAUAUAAACAAAGGCUGUGAUAUGUAAUAAUAAUAUGGUUUUGGAGUUUGCAAAA